GAAACUGGCCAAGAUAAUAACUUACUGGUAAUCGAAUGCGCUGGACGAAUCGACCUCGUAGGGAUUCUGAAAUCUGUGCAACUUUCUGACUUUCUUAUCCAACGAUUUUGUCUGCAAGAAAGAAUGCUGUCAGCAAUGAAAGAACUUGAAGCAAGAAAUGGGAGGCAGGCUUCCGUGAUCUAUAUUCUGGAUCUCGAGGGGCUGAAAUUCGACGCUUCUCUUCUUAGCAUCGUUACAGGCCCAUAUCGUAUCCUUUGGGCAUCGGUCUAUACAAAUUAUCCAGAAUGGAUCUCGCAAAUGUUCAUAGUGAAUGCUCCUUCAUUCAUGACACUGCUAUGGAAGGCAGUUGGCCCGCUCAUACCGGAGCGAACCCGAAAUAAAGUGAAAAUUUGCUCGACGAACAGUGACUGGAAGAGUCUGAUCCAAAAAUAUGCCAAGGCAGAGAAUAUUCCAGCGCAUUGGGGAGGAACACUGGUCGACUCGAACGGGGAUGGAAUGUGUCGGGAUCGUCUCAACAUUCCAUUUGACCCUAUCCCCAAGCAGCUUUACUGGGCACCAGAUGAACGUGCUCCUGGUCUUAAUGAUCUCACAUGUGCUGUGAUCCCAGCGGGUAAAGCGAGAAUUGCCACUUUUGUGCUGAACAGCCAAGAACCCUCUUACAUCGUCAUCAACAGGUUUUGUGACCGGACAUUCGGCAUGGGCGUAUGGUACCAUGGAAAUCCAGCUGCCGUAGACUACCCACUGGAUGAAAUGGACGACUGGUUCCCCGACUUUGACUACCCGGGUAUGCCAACUGUUGACUACUUGCGAAUCCGCACCCUUGGUCCAGGGGUGUAUAAAGUGAAGUUUGGAAAUGAGCAGGCUUGGAUCCGGUCGCUUACGGUCUACUACAGAGUACAAUUCGAAAAUGAGUUGGGCGAGAAAGUCGACUACAAAGAAAUGGACUAAAGUGCUAGUAUCCAGACCGUUCCUCAGUUUUCGUAGUCUUCCACUACUGAAAAUUUUCAAAGCUAGAAAAUCGGCUGAAGACUUGAAUAUACCACCACUUUUUUUUUGACCCCAGUGCGCGGAACUCCGCGAGCAGCUGUGAUUGAUUUUCCCGCUGUUUGUGAAUAAUUUUCGGGUAUCAUAUAUAGAAAACUUACAUGUAAACAUAUCUUUACUUCUCUAUAUAGUACGUUGAGGCAAAAAGUUGCCAUUAGUGUCCAUAAGCGUCUUGUUUUCUAUACAAGUCAUGCACCUACAUAUAUACUGGAGUGGGUAUAUUGUUCAUAGUUCAAA